CAGGAUGUCUUCAGAAUCGUCGAAGAGAGGGUAAUAUUACGAAAAGGAAAAAUAACACGUUGGUUAUUGAACAAUGCCGACACACGUGAUUUAAAGGUAUUUUCCACAGUGCGUUGGUAGUCGACGCAAGACAGUCGUCCUCGUCGUUGGUGUAGCUAAAAUUAAAAUUUACGUUUUCUUUUUUUUUGUAACGUUAGUACAACACUGAAAAUUCGUACGAAAAAAUGGCUAAAGAACUACAAUUAUUUCGAUUGUGUAGGAAUACAAUAGGAAUGGUGCGAAAUUUUCACUCUUCCGCUAUUUGUUCUGCUACACCUUCAACAGAUAAAAAACCUGCAAUAAAAAAGGUUGAGGUUUAUAGAUGGAACCCAGAUGAACCACAAAAGAAACCUUAUGUUCAAACGUUUGAGAUUGAUUUAAACGAUUGUCAACCAAUGGUUUUGGAUGCUUUGCUUAAAAUUAAAAAUGAAAUUGAUACCACAUUGACUUUUCGAAGAUCUUGUAGAGAAGGAAUUUGUGGAUCAUGUGCUAUGAAUAUUAAUGGUACAAAUACUUUAGCUUGUAUUAAGAAAAUUGAUACUGAUGUAAGCAAACCAUUGAAAGUUUAUCCUUUACCACACAUGUAUGUUAUCAAGGAUUUAGUACCUGAUUUAAAUAAUUUUUAUAAACAAUAUAAAUCGAUUAAGCCUUGGUUGCAAAGAGUUAAAGAACCAAAGUUGGGCGCAGAACAAUAUGCCCAAUCAGAAAGAGAUAGAAAAAAACUUGAUGGCUUAUAUGAAUGUAUCUUAUGUGCUUGUUGCUCAACAUCAUGUCCAAGUUAUUGGUGGAAUAGUGAAAAAUAUUUAGGACCAGCAGUUCUUAUGCAAGCUUACAGAUGGAUUAUUGAUUCAAGAGAUGAUACCACAGUAGAACGUUUGAGUCGUUUAAAAGAUCCUUUUUCUGUUUAUAGAUGCCAUACGAUUAUGAAUUGUACAAACACUUGCCCAAAGGGAUUAAAUCCUGGUAGAGCUAUUGCUGAAAUUAAAAAACUUUUGGGAGGACUUGCUGAAAAAGAAAAACCUGAUAUUGAACCAAUGAUAUUACACAAAUGAGAAUUUAUGUUUUAUAAAGAAUAAAUUGUAUGUAUUAAUUUAUCAACGUAUUUUUUAAAUGUUUUAGCUUUAUUAAUUUAAUUUAUUUAAUUAAUUUCAUGAUCUAGCAAUUUUACUGAUUUAUUGUGAAUACCAAAUGUUUCAAAUAAAAUUAUUUGCUAUCUUA